CCCUUUUGAUUGCACACGAGCUUUCAAACGGUUGAGAUCCGGUGCCCAAGACAGGAGAAAAGUGAACCGUAUUGCUGGGGACUCCAAUGCUCAUCGGAUUAAGGAUAUUCUUCCUGAUGAUAUAGCUGUCAAAUGCCUGCCAAUCUCUGAUGAGAAUAUGUAAUGACAAUGGUAUAGAACAGUAAUUACAGUUUCAGACAUUCGCCAACUCUGUUUUCAAAGGUGCCAAAUUUUCUUGUGAUCGUUUUCGCCAUGCAUUGUUGAGAGACUUGCGGAAGAUGGAUGUUCAACAGCUGUAUCUUCAUCUAGGCUCAAAUGACAUUCUUACGAAUGAAGCGGUGUUUUACCGAGAUGUAGCUGACUUGUGCGAUUUGGUGCAUCAGGAGGCGCACAAUCGGUGUCCAGAAUGCAGCGUUGUUUGCUCCAACGAAGACGCUUUGCUGAGCCACUUCUGCAGUCGCCACAUCAAGCAACCAGAGACUGGAAAAGAGAGUAAAAUUAAGCUGAUAGGCUCACCAAUGAUUGCAUCUGCUAAUCAUGAACUCAACGAAGUCAGCUCAAGGAAGUGGAAGGCAUGCUUGGAAAAUAGAAGUUUCCAUUAUGAAGGAACAUACAAACAUUUCCCACCCACCAUGUGGAUCAAAUUGUUUGGGCUGAUGAUUCUGGGUCGUAUGUGUGGACAAGGUGGUCUUCAUUACAUCAUGAUGCAGCUGUGUAUUCAACAACAUGUUAACCUGUCCCAGCGGAUGUUGAUGCUCUUAAAUGAUGUUGAGAACAAUCCAGGACCGGAGUAUUCGUGCAAAUGGAUAUCAUGCAAGGAAGACUUCCACUCCAUAGGACAGCAAGAUGCACAUAUCAUCUCUCAUGUGGUUCAAGAGAAAUGCUGUAGAUGGGGAGACUGUACCAAAGUCCUGAGCUUUAAUAGUCUUGAAAUCCAUGAACUUAAACAUCUCUAUGAUGUGAGUUUAGCACUGUGUAUGAACUGGUGUUGCUUCAUUUUCUGCAUAUCUUUAUCUCAGUCUUCUCUAGUUUUGAUGGUCAAAUACAUAUUGUCUGCCAGUUUUUUUCCCCCAAUACUGCCGUUCAUCGUUUGCUUGCAUCAAGAGUUUUAAAAGAAAUUAAAA